UAGCAGACGGAAACGUCCGGAUUUAAAGGGGGAAAUGUUGCUUAUAUUCGAUGACAACCACAAAGAACAUCUGUCUUUUUUAACAGAUACAGCGACAGAUGUUGUACGUGAAUUUUGCAAGAUUAGUAUGGAGUUUAUACGGAAAGGUUCCAACCGUAAAAUCUACCAAGGAGCUGCUCAAAAACUCAAAGUUGAUGUAGAAACAGUACAACAUGGAGUGGAGGGGCUGAUGUACCUGUUAACAGAAAGUUCCAAACUAAUGUUGAAUGAGAUAGAUUUUCAGGACUCUAUUUUAACUUUGGGAUUCUCUGAAGACAUGAGACAGACACUACUGGAGCUAUACUUACAAAACCGACGAGAGAUCCGUGCCAUCAUGUCAGAAAUGGCAAUGGACUUACCUCACUACCAGAACCUUGAAUGGCGGUUUGAUGUACAGCUUGCGAGCCGCUCUCUGCGACGACAGACUACACCUUUAGUAACAUUCAAACUUCACAUCGACGAUGCAGGUGAACGGGAAACAAAAGUGUUACAGACAGACCCAGUUAACCUGGUCCAUCUCACUAAAGUAUUAGACGAGGCUCUACAGGAGAUGAAAUCACCGUACUGUCGCAGAAUCGCACGAAACAUCAAGUGAUCAUCUCAUUUACAUGACAUUAAUUACUUCUUGUGGUUGCAAUGUAUGAAAAUAAGGAGAGACGAUUUGGUUAUGAGGAGAAUGAAAUGAGAAGAAUGAUAAACCUGAUUGGAGAUGUACAAUGUGUAGAGAAUAGCUGUUUUAUCUUGUGGUACAGUGUGGAUUUGCGACAGUCAGUUUUAGAAUAUUGAGAGUUUCUGAAGGUUCAUAAACUGAUACUGAAGUAUGACUUAAAUGGGAGAACUACAGUUGAAAACUUGUUAUUACACAAGUUUAGGUGAGAUGGCACAAGGCACAGGGACUUCGCACAAAUUCCCAACUCACAUAUAUGUAUUAAUUAUAGCGACACUAUAAUACUUGGGUGGAAAUGUCACCUAUGGCAUGUAGUACUAGGAUUUCAAUUUUAUGUUGUAUCUCCCGCCACUGCUCCAUGACUUUCUAUAGUUACAGUAUAACUUGGUUUACACAAACUUGUGAUCAUGUAUAUUCCAUGUAGGAAUUACUUCCUACUCAAGUAUAAUAUUAUUAUAUUAUUCUUUAAUUAAGAUUUUAAUUGUCUGUCAUUGGAAAUGAGGUCUUAGAUGAUUCAGCAUGUGAUAUUAAAUAUCACAAACUUGAGGCUAACUGCAGGUUUUGUUUUUCCUAUCUUUACAUUAUUUCAGAGGUAGGCUCUGUCUCUGAUACUUUUCAUACUCAAACUACAAGGAAAAAAAUAUUCCAAUUAAGGUUUAUGAAAGUAAGAACCAGUUUGAGUAAGCGACACAUUAUUUUCAGUCUCUUAUUAUUGAUAUCACUUCACUGUUUAUAUGUGAUAUUUAUUAUACACAGUUAUCAGAGAUGUUGGACACAUAGAGUUUCACAGCACCAGUGGAUAUAAGAAUGCUAUACCGGUAUAUUAAAGAAUAAAAGAACUUUUUAAAGGUAUAAGUUUGUACAGUGUACAAAACAUUUUUACCUUUAAUGGUAAGUUUUCCUGUACAGAUUGUGUCGUGAUAACAACACAAUCUGUUCACUCUCAAAAGAACCUCAGAAACAUCUUUACUCAACAGAAUUCUACUGAAACCUGUGACAGUGUAAAAGAGUUUUUUUACGGAUGGUUUUGGGAUGAAAUAGAAAUUGUAUAUUUACAUACUGGUAAAUGUGAUUAUUCAUAGUAAUUCAAAAGUUAGUGAGGAUCAUUUAUUGUGUUAUAAAUGACUGAAAAGGGUAUGUAUGAUGUUUGUUAAAGCUGUUUCAACAGAGAUCAAAAGUUUUGGAGAAAAAGAUUGUCACUUGAAUGUAAGUGCUGCAUGUUGUUAUCAUUUGUACAGAUAUGUUUAUGAAUGAAAAUGAAAAAAAAUAAUGAUAAUAAACAUCAUUUAGAAAUAAAA